UCUUGGAUAUUUCCUCAACUCCAUUACACCUUUUUUCCAUAUAAACUCACCCACCUUCUCCAUUUUCACAACAAAGUUUCAAUCUUUAUACCGAUUCCUCACUUGGGUAUCCAAGAAAAGUACAAAAAAAAGCAAAAAAGUCCAUUCUUUCACAACAAAGCUUAAAUCUUUACACAAAUUCCUCACUUGGGUAUUCAAGAUAACUGCAAAAAAAAAACUCAUGGAGAUCAACAACAACAAUCAAUCAUCUUUCUGGCAGUUCAGUGACCAGCUUCGUCUGCAGAACAACAACUUAGCAAAUCUCUCUUUGAACGAUUCAAUUUGGAGCAAUAACUAUGGCUCUAAAAGGCCUGAAGAAAGAAGAAAUUUUGAUAUCAGGGUAGGUGGUGACCUCAACUCUACUGCUAAUAGUUCUUCCAACAAGUCAAAUUACAAUCUUUUUAGCAAUGAUGGCUGGAAAAUCGCCGACCCAUCUGCUCUCACGGCGGCGAACGGCUGUGGUGCUGCCGGAAAAGGGGUAUUUGGGGUUGGUUUAAAUGGUGGUUUUAACAAAGGGGUUUAUUCAAAUCAAGUUUUGAACUUCAGUUACAGUAAGGGUACUAAUAAUGUUGCAGUAGGUACAAAGGGGAUAAACAAGAAAUUUGGUAAAGGUUUUUUUGAAGAUGAGCAUAAAAGUGUGAAGAAGAAUAACAAGAGUGUUAAAGAGAGUAACAAGGAUGUUAAUAGUGAGAAACAGAAUGGUGUUGAUAAAAGGUUUAAGACUUUGCCACCAGCAGAAUCUUUGCCAAGAAAUGAGACAGUUGGUGGAUAUAUUUUUGUUUGCAACAAUGAUACUAUGGCUGAGAAUCUCAAAAGGGAGCUCUUUGGCUUGCCACCACGUUACAGGGACUCAGUUAGGCAAAUAACACCGGGGUUGCCUCUCUUUCUGUACAACUACUCGACCCAUCAGCUUCAUGGAGUUUUUGAGGCUGCAAGCUUUGGUGGGUCAAAUAUUGAUCCAUCGGCCUGGGAGGACAAGAAGAACCCUGGUGAAUCUCGCUUUCCUGCUCAGGUUCGUGUUGUGACAAGGAAAGUCUGUGAACCACUUGAAGAGGAUUCAUUCAGGCCAAUCCUUCACCAUUACGAUGGCCCUAAAUUCCGCCUCGAGCUAAACGUUCCAGAGGCUAUUUCUCUUCUAGACAUUUUUGAAGAGAACAAGAACUAAAUGGAUGUUCUUGUAUUACAACCAGAUAAUGGACAAUACCAUUAUAAAGGAGAAAAAAAAAGAGCUGAUUAUAGAGAGUUUGCUUCUAGUAUACUGAAGAGAGUUUGCAGGGCAUGAAAAAAAAACUAUCUGCUGUAUAUUAGGUAACAUAUAUAUAUAUAUAUGCAGAAGAAUAUAAUGAUCUGGAGAAACACUUUUUGUGUGGAGACAAAUAUUAUUAUAUUACUAUAUAUUGUGUAAUCCAGCAGGAAUUUGCUGCAUAAUAAGAAAGUGAAAUAUGAGUAAAAACAAGUUAUAUUUA